GCGCUCUGUCCCUACAGCCAUUAGAAGGAGCCGCCAAUGUCACGUGUUGUGGGCGGUCCCACAGGCUGCGGCGUGUCCGUGACGUCACCGGCGGUAAUGGCGGCGCGCUGAGGAGCCUGUGCAUGCUGAGGAGCGUGUGUUCCCUCUCAGGCCGGCUGCCAGCAGCACUUCCGUUUCGGUGCCAUUCAGGGAAUAUGGGGAAGCCCAAGAACCAUCUGCCGGACAGAUGGACAGACUAUGUUCCGCUUGGAAAGCGCAUCCCGGGAACACGUUUUAUUGCUUUUAAGGUCCCUUUAAAAAAAAUAUUCAAUAGCAGGAUUGAGGCAUGGCAGAGAUUCUCAUCAGCCGACCUCAUCAGGGACAUCCAAGCCCAGGAUGAGGAACUGGGGAUAAUAAUUGAUCUAACAUGUACCACUCGAUACUACUCCCCAGAGGAGUUACCAGAAUCACUAAACUAUGCAAAGAUCUUCACAGUUGGGCAUGAAGUGCCAAGUGAUGAAACCAUCUUUCAGUUCAAAUGCAUUGUAAAUCAGUUCAUGAAAGAAAAUUCAAACAAUGAUAAAUUAAUUGGCGUUCACUGUACCCACGGCUUAAACAGGACUGGCUACUUGGUGUGCAGGUAUCUGAUUGAUGUGCUUGGCAUGGUGCCAGCAGAAGCCAUAGAAAAGUUUAAUCAGAGCCGCGGACACUGCAUAGAACGCAAAAACUAUUUGGAUGACCUGAUGUAUGGAGUACAAAGAAGUAACGCUGAAAUCGAUAAAGCACCGGUGCCUCUACACAAAUACAAGCAGAAAAUCCCAAAUGUAAAUAAUCCUUCAGUGCCUCCGUGUCUACCCCCGCCGCCUCGACCAGAGCAGCCUCGGUUUCCUAGGUUUGGAAAUCCCCUGGACGCUCCUAGAAUUGCAGAACCCCGGCCCAUGUUUGCACACCCACCCAGGCGUAACAUGCCAUGGCCAAUGUAUAAUGAUCCACCUAUGGAGUACCACUGUCACAGAGAAUCCGAUUGGCAGCAGUGUCAGCAUUGGAGCCCCCAUCCAUACCAUUAUGGCUACGAACCACCAUCGACAGAUCUCAAUGGCUACCAACCACCAUCAAGAUAUCCCAAUGGCAACCAACCACGAUCAAGACAUCCCAAUGCACCCCAAGGUUCUACUCCCUGGCAGUCUGCAGGCAACGACCCUUACAAAAGGCAUUCAGCAAGAGGCAUGAAACACCGAAAAUAUUGACAAUUACAUGCUUUUUUUAAAGGAAGCCUUUUUUGCUGAUAACUUUCAGCCAUCUUUAGAAAUAAUAUUGUAUUUUUUUAAUAUAUAAAUCAAAAUGAUUCACGUUUUAGUAGUCCAGUUCUGGGGAACGCACCCUAAGCAAAGCAGCCCAAAGCCCUGUAGCUCUAGGGUAGCGUGAGCCAAUGUGCUGCUCAGAACACGUACAUCAUUGUGCACAAGUACUGAGGCACUUGACCAAUUGGCUAGUUUUACUAAAUAACAACAACACUAACAACACUAAAUUGUUUUCUGUGAUAUUUUUACUUCAAAGCACUGAAACUCAAGUGUUUGUUUUUUUUAACGUUCCCUCGUUGAAAAAUGAUUUUAAAUCUAAAAACUGAAGUAUGCUGUUUGCUUAAGUAUGAAUUUAUUGUAGAGCCCUUUGACAGCAGGAUAAGUAUGCGCUGGUGUUGCACACUGUUGGGGGUUUUUGGGCAGAUUUUCUAGGCACAUUUGCUUCAAGGUGAUCAGGUUAGUUGGAUGGCACUUAUGCGCCUCUGUCAGUGCCACAGAUACUGAGAUCAGGCCUUUGGCUGGACUAGCCAAAUUAUUAAUUAUGUUUUUUCUAGUAAUGAUUCGAGAACAAAGCAGCAAAUGUCCUGUAAAGGCACCAAUAGGAUCUGAAUACAAAUCAGUAUCAGUCUUAAAAUGAAGGUGGCCAAACCUAGAGCAAACAUGCCUGGAAGAAUGGGCCAGAAUUACCCCUGGACAGUGUGCAUAGCUGCUACGUACUUGCCCAAAAUGAUUUAAUAUGGUUGUGGCUGCAAGUGUUGACUAAAAAAUUGUGCGGGGCCUGAAUCCUUCUGCAAACAGCAAUAGUUUUAUUAUGGUUCUUAAAUGUUUUUGUUCUAAACACUUAAGUUUUUAAUAAUUUCAAAUGAAAAAUUCACAGGGAGAACAUUUCAGUGUAGGAUUUGUUAUUCAGUAAUGAGACGAUUUGUCUGAAUACUUGGGCAUAGCACUGAGGGUUGACUGGUGGGGUAACUAUGUCCAUAAUCUACCAAUAUAGUUGCUCUUUGAUAUUUCUGAUUCUAUAUUCUAUGGAGGCAUAAAUACAAGGAUAUACCACAUCUCUCCCAGCAUUACCCUGGGUGCUGAGAUGAUUGGUUCCAUGUACACAGGAAGAGCGUGUUAUUUCCUAUCCUUAUUUAAAUGGUGAUGGAUGGUAGAAAUGAUGAUAGAAUCUGAUCCUUAGCUAGUUUUUCACAUGAGAACAUUCAUUACAAUACAGCUCCCAGAUCAACAAAAAAUGACAGCACGUGUAAUAAAUGCACCAAGCAGGGCUGCACUGCUACCCAAGUGUAAACCAAUCACUAUAGCUCUGCUAGAUGGUUUUUUUCUUGCAGUGGGCCUUUUAGUUCAAAGCUGCUUUGGUCUAUGUUUACUAAUAUGCUGCUCAGGGAUUUAUCAUCUCUUUUAUUUAUUAUUUUUUUUUGCACACAUCCCCCAAGGAACAUUCAUAGUGACAUUUACCUUUUCUUCUCAAAAGAUGGCUGCCUCCAUUUCUCUUGUCUCUCCAGAGGCCAGAAGUGUUGGUAUCUCUGCUGUGCAUCCAUACUGUAAUGGUGCUUUCUCCAUAUUCUGUAGGAACGGUGGAUUUUCGCAGACUGAUCAGGGGUCUCAAUGAGUGCAAAAUGUAUUGAGAAUAUAACCUGAAAUUUCUCUUGUUUUGCCAGAAUAUUUGAAAAAAAGAACGUUUUGAAGCUCUUUAAAUAAAGUUGUUUCUUCCUAAACCAAAA